AUGUUAAAUAAUUUAGGAAAAAUAAAUAAUAGAAGUAAAAAAACCAAUAGAAAAACUAUAAAUAUGAAAAGCAACAAUUCAAUGUUAAAAUCAGUAUCCAGUGAGCUAUUGUCUUACAUGAUUAAUAAAGAAAACUGUGGCUUUAGUUUGUACACGCAUAUUCAAAUGUUAUUAGAUAUGCUUAUAUUCCAAAAUCCCAUACAGCCAAUAACAUAUUUUGAAUACUACAGUGAAAAUAUUAAGAUGUUAUAUCAGAAAUCACAACCUGAUCCUGAUUUGAAAUUUUUUAAUUACAUUGACAUUGAUAUUUAUAACAAAAUAAUAGAAAUAUAUAAAGAUACCAUAUUUAAUGUUAAAGAAUAUAAAACGAGUAGUAUAUCCAAUGGGUAUGAAGUCGAAGCAGAAUAUGAUGAUACUCAAUACAAUGAAGAAGUAAAUGAGAUUAAUGUACAAGAUUUAUCAAAAAUCAACUAUGUGUUUAAUAAGGCUGGGUGUGGCAUAACAAAUGACGAAGCUCACCUUAUUGGGAUAACUAUGGACCAAAUGUCACAACUCGAAAAAUUUAAAAGUAUUAGAUAUUGGGGUAAGAUAAUAGGCUUAAAACGUAACUAUUACAUUUUGGAAUGUGAUUGGAAAAAUAAAGAAUUGGAAUAUAAACUGAAACUCUUAAAUAUAGUUUUUAACACUAAUAAACAUAAAGUAUUAAACGAUUAUGAUAAUGAAAACGAAAACGAAAAUCAAGAAGAAGUAGAAUUAGAAAAAUAUAUUUUAUCUGAAGAAGAAAAUGGUUUAUUUUCCAAAACUACAUUAUCUGCUCCUACUAGCAAACAUAUUAAUGAUGAAUCAGAGUUUUUAUUUGAUUCUAUGAAAUCAGAAGUAUGUUCUUUUCUACCCAUAGAACUCGAUAAUGAUGAUUAUUUAUCCCAUGAAAUAUUCGGUUUCGGAGCUAAUAAAAAGUCAUACUUUGUAACAAAUCAAUUAAACGAUCCAUGGAUCGAACUGCCACUUCUCAAGCCUCAUCAUAUUAUUCAAUCGCGGAACAUCAAACGGUACUUUACAGGAAAUUUGGAAUCGCCUAUUGAAUCUUAUCCAUCAUUCCAAGGUUUGGAAAAACAUUAUCUCAGAGCUCAAAUUGCAAGAAUAACAGCUGCAACUCAAAUAUCACCUCGUGAUUAUUUUAUACUCAAUUACAAUUCAAACGUAUAUAAAUGGAGGAAAUUAAACACUUUCCAAUCGAAAGUAAUGUCACACAAAUGGGUCCACGAGUACGUAGUGAAUGCAGAUUACAAUCCUUUAUCGAUAUACGAUUUACUUGAACCGAGCAACUGGGUACAUCACACUCCCUUGAUUUCCGAAAAAGGAGUGACUAAGGCGUGGAGCAAUAUCAUAGAAUCCGAAGGAGACUUACAACAAAACUCGGAGAAGAUUGAAUAUGAUUGCAAGGUUAAAAUAAAUUUAGAAAACGAAAAAGGAGAUGGUAACCAUCUAGAUAUAUUUGGAAAUCUUUCAAACGACGCUUAUGUAGGUGAAAUGCCGCCAUGGAAAUUCGAAUUGACCAAUAGGUUUGAUCACACAAUCACUUAUGUGACCAUCCGGUCCAAUCUUUGGCCUGGGGCACAUGCAGUUGCACGUGAAAAUCUUUUGGAUUACACAUAUCACGGUUGGGGCCUCAAAUGGAACGACUUUAGUUUCACGGUCCAGCCGUUGAGUGGAUAUCAGCAGUCUGAUUCUUAUAGAGACGAUUUCGGUAUGACUACUGAGAUUAAAGACCCGACUCGCGAGGACGAACUGUUAUAUUUCGAAAUAGUUGAAAAAAGGAGGAAAGAUCAAACUCGUAUGAAAAUUGGCGUUCUGAAACCGUUUUCUACAGCAGACGAAGACGAAGAAAGAAUUCUCAAUCAACACGAUUACGACUGA